CCGGGCGGGGCGAGCGGCGCAUUAGCGCCUUGUCAAUUUCGGCUGCUCAGACUUGCUCCGGCCUUCGCUGUCCGCGCCCAGUGACGUGCGUGCGGACCCAAACCCCAAUCUGCACCCCGCAGAGUCGCCCCCGCCCCAUACCGGCGUUGCAGUCACCGCCCGUUGCGCGCCACCCCCAUGCCCGCCGGUGGCCCGGGCCCCGCCGCCCAAUCCGCGCGGCGGCCGCCGCGGCGGCUCUCCUCGCUGUGGUCGCCUCUGUUGCUCUGUGUUCUCGGGGUGCCUCAGGGCGGAUCGGGAGCCCACACAGCUGUGAUCAGUCCCCAGGACCCCACUCUUCUCAUCGGAUCCUCCCUUCAUGCUACGUGCUCUAUACAUGGAGACACACCGGGGGCCACUGCUGAGGGCCUCUACUGGACCCUCAACGGCCGCCGCCUGCCCUCAGAGCUGUCCCGUCUCCUCAACACCUCCACCCUGGCCUUGGCCCUGGCUAACCUUAAUGGGUCCAGGCAGCAGUCAGGGGACAAUCUGGUGUGUCACGCCCGAGAUGGCAGCAUUCUGGCUGGUUCCUGCCUCUAUGUUGGUCUGCCCCCGGAGAAGCCCUUUAACAUCAGCUGCUGGUCCCGGAACAUGAAGGACCUGACAUGCCGUUGGACACCGGGUGCACAUGGGGAGACAUUCCUACACACCAACUACUCCCUCAAGUACAAGCUGAGGUGGUAUGGUCAGGACAACACAUGUGAGGAAUAUCACACUGUGGGCCCUCACUCGUGCCAUAUCCCCAAAGACCUGGCCCUCUUCACGCCCUAUGAGAUCUGGGUGGAAGCCACCAAUCGCCUGGGUUCAGCGAGAUCUGACGUGCUCACACUGGAUGUCCUGGACGUGGUGACCACGGACCCUCCACCCGACGUGCACGUGAGCCGCGUUGGGGGCCUGGAGGACCAGCUGAGUGUGCGCUGGGUCUCACCACCAGCUCUCAAGGAUUUCCUCUUCCAAGCCAAAUACCAGAUUCGCUACCGCGUGGAGGACAGCGUGGACUGGAAGGUGGUGGAUGACGUCAGCAACCAGACCUCCUGCCGUCUCGCGGGCUUGAAGCCCGGCACCGUUUACUUCGUCCAAGUUCGUUGUAACCCAUUCGGGAUCUAUGGGUCGAAAAAGGCGGGAAUCUGGAGCGAGUGGAGCCACCCCACCGCUGCCUCCACCCCUCGAAGUGACAAUGGCCAGCGGCCAUCACCACACUUAUGGCUCCAGAUUCUAUUUAGUCAUUUGGCGAAGGAUGGCGAGCAACAGUGUGACCUGUUCAAAGAGAACUGAAGAUAAGCUGUUUUUAACCUCAGUGCCCUAGACUAUCUGUAAGUUAAUUUUAUAUGAAGUAGAACAUUCAUUACCCGUGGUCCCACGCUCACAAUCAAUAGACCAGGGCGCCUUGUGCUCAAGGGUCAAGACCAUGGGGGUGUUGACUGUUGGGCCACCCCGCCAACCCAUAAUAUAAGGUAACCUAGGCAACCUUAAUAUUUGCAAUCCUCCUGCCUCAGCCUCCUGAAUGCUUAGAAACUACGCAUGAGCCCCGUUUCUCUCCUCUGGAUCCCUUUCUCAAGGUGGGAGAGCCUACAGUUUGUCCUUUGUUCCACAGACUGUCCUGCCCAUGGAUCUGCAUUCUCUUCUAUGAAAUAUAUUGCUUAAACUGGGCUUAUUUUCCCCAUCUCUGUCAGAUUUAGGCAGUAUGGCCCAAGGCUAGUGCCCCCGCACUUUAUUAUUUGCAGGCAGUAGAGGAGGCUCCCAUCCCCCACCCUCUUCCACCGGUCCCCUAAGACAAGAGAAUACCUUUACACUGAAACUCUGAACUCACACAGACGCAUGUGCUCAGUUUGCUGCUGCUAAAAUAAUAGGGAAACUGAGGCCCGGAGAGAUUCCUGGUGGAAGAGAGGGUCAAAACCAACUCCAGGAAGCUCUCCAGCCCCCAUCCGGGCCUCUCCAGGUUCUGGGCUUGGCGGGAGUGAACGCAGCCGGGAGGGGCCAGAGCCUUGGAGCUUUGGCCCUUGCUCGUGCCCAGCACCUGCGAUUCUUGCACGGGAGCCAGCAGGCGGCUGCGUCCGCCCGGGAGACUGGGGAGGCCGGGGGUAGGGUUGGAGGGGGGUAAGCAGGGGCUGUGGGGGCCUAGUCUUGUGCCAGGGCCUGUCAGCGAGUCCCCAGUUUUAUUUAUGGUGUGAGGCCGAUGUCCUUAUCCGCUGGCCUGCUGGGGGACGGCUGCGGCUGGGGAUUGGACCCAAGGGCUGGCUUUGUCCUCCCAGCCCACCUCGAAGUCACACCCAAGCAUUCUCUCAGGCUUAUCUUGGGGACCCGCCCCUUGGGCUGUGCUUGCUGUCUGUCUCCCUCCAUUUCUGUCACUCACUUUCCCAGAGCCUUUAAAAAAAACGCUUUUAAUAUAAUUAAACUUUUUAAAAUUG